AUGGAAGAACCUUUGGAAAAUGAGCUUCCCAGUCGAUUUGAGAAGUUCGACCAGCUGGUCGAAUAUCAGGACGCCAUCCUAUCGUGGAAGUUCGAGGAUGUCGUCGAUGCAGAAACCCGGCAACAGCGGACCAAGGUCCUGCUCAACGUCGAGGAAAUCUUUCGACACUAUCAGGAGCAGUCUUGGCUCCUUGAUCCGCAUUUGGAGGCUUUGGUUCUACCCGUCGUCUCCGGGUUGAAGGAAGAGAUAUCGCGUUGGAUGAAGUCGGGCAGUACAGAUGUUCCAUAUCACUCGACGUUGUCGGAUUUCUCGUUUGUGUUGUAUCAAUACAUCAAGUGCCGCGGGUAUAAGAUGAUCGUACGAUUCUUUCCCCACGAGGUCAGCGACUUGACUAUCAUCGUUGAUUUCAUGAAGCGGUUGCAACCGGUCAAGGGCACCUGGUUAUGGUCCCUACGAUACACAAAUCUUCUAUGGCUGUCGCUUAUCUGUAUGCUUCCCUUCGACCUCGCGCAGUUCGACGAGGAGAGUGGCUCCGGGAGGACAGCGUCACUCAUCGAAGAGAUUGGAAAGAGAGGUCUUGGUCAAUCAGGGCUGGAGCGCGAUGGCGCUGCUUUACUCCUCUCCCGCCUUUAUGCCAGGAAGGAUUGUGUAGACCGGAUGGAGAACUUCGUCGCCUGGGCCCGGGAUAUAAUUCUUGACGAAAAGUCCUUCUUCUCCUCAAUCGGCGCUCUACAAACUCUCACGGAGAUGAUGAAGACGGCGCCGGCAGAGGUCAUCACACCACAUGUCCCAACUGUUUUGGACUUGUGUCGCGUUACAGAAGCGGAUACCGCGCUCAUGUCCAACGCCGUUGUCCGCAAACUCAGGGUCAAGUUGAUAUCCCGCGUUGGUCUGCGUCUGCUCCCUCUACAACCACUAUUCGCUCGACGCAAGGGAAAGGCUCUUACCGCUAUUGAGGAACAGGCUUCAGUAGCUGUGGACGACGACUUCGACGUACCAGAAGACAUCGAAGGCAUUCUUGAGGACAUCUUCCCAGCGAUUCAAGAUCGUGAUACCGUCGUUCGUUGGUCGGCUGCCAAAGCAGUUGCGCGCAUCGCGGAGCGCUUGCCCACUGAGUUCACCGAACAGAUCGUCAACAACGUUCUUGGUCUCUUCGACAUUCAUACCGCAGGGCUCGAAUCCAUGGAUGAGAUGUCUGCAACCGCAGAGAGCACAUGGCAAGGCGCCUGUCUCACAAGUGCGGAGAUUGCUCGCAGAGGACUUGUACCUAGCCAAGAGCUCCCGACAUUGGUUGAGUGGAUGCUCAAGGCGCUGUCGUUUGACAUCCGGAAAGGCGCCCAUUCGGUUGGCUCAAGCGUUCGCGACGCUGCUUCGUACGUGCUGUGGUCGCUUGCUCGAGCGUACGAGCCAAAGGCCCUGGAACCCUUCUCCGAGGACCUGUCGAGGAAGCUCGUCACAGUCUCCUGCUUUGAUCGCGAAGUCCAUAUACGACGUGCAGCCAGCGCUACUUUCCAGGAGCAUGUUGGACGCACAAGUCUGUUCACCGACGGGAUUGACAUCCUUCGCAAGACCGACUUCUUUGUUGUGGGUGUCAGGCGCAACGCAUAUCUGAUAUCCGCUCCUCAAGUGGCUGAACACGACUUCUACCGGCCUGCUCUCCUCGACCAGCUGCUUUCGGUGACAUUGAGACACUGGGACGUGUCGGUCAGGGAGCUAGGAGCACAAUCCUUGCGGCGAAUCUGCGAGGUAGACUUGCUCAAGCUUGGCCCGGAAUGCGCCGUACGAGUGAGAACACUGCUCAAUAGAGCGGAUACCACGGACAUACAUGGUGCACUUCUCGCGCUCACAGAACUCGCUACUGCCUUCCGUGAUGCGGCAGCGAGUGAUGAUCUCGAAGCUCGUCGACAAGAGAUCUUCAGUUACUUGGCGGACGUGCCCGUCGAGAUCGUACAGUCUUCCAGAAACGAACUCGUCACAGCAGCUGCAUGCAUGCUCAUAGCUGCCAGCAUCUCUCGCGCUGAGAUCGAUCUGGAUACCAAGUCAUCCGUUCCGCACUGGCGCAAGAUCCUUGAUAGCGGGCUCAAGCACCGGAACUCAACUGUACAAGAGGCCGCUGCGUCUGCCAUGGCACGGGUCAGCGCUCUGGUAGACUGCUCAAGUAUUGUGCAACGAUUCAUCAAGGAUUUCCGUGCGGGUACUCCGUCAAUGCAGCAAAGCCUGGCCAGGCUUCUCGGCGUCUUGGACUACGAUGCAUACUCCCACGCUCUUCCUGAGGCCAUCAACUGCCUAUUGGAGAGUGUCGACAAGAAGUCCCGUCUGCGCAUGGCAAACGUCGAGGCUCGCCGCAACUGCAUGACCUCGAUCAUUCAGAUCGUAGCGACUAUAGCACCAAGUUUAUCAUCUCACAUAUCUGCCGAACAGUCCGUCGCUCUACUUGAAGCAUUGAUCACUGGCUUAGACGACUACACUGUCGACGAACGCGGCGACGUCGGGUCUUGGGUGCGCAUGGCUAGCCUCCAAAGCAUCGUCGGCUUCCUCUCGAUCAUGUUUGAACACGCGCAAUCUCUUCCAGACUUGGCGGCGUACCUUCCUCCAGACCGAUUCCAUAUCGCAGUUGCAGGACUACUCAAGCAAGGCGUCGAAAGGCUGGACGUCGUUCGCCAGACUGCAGGGGAAUGUCUGGGACGACUCAUGCGUGCGCCAUCGCCUAGCGUUGAGGACCCUCAUCGCUGGCGAGUUCAUGGUGAUGCUUUAUUACGAGAGCUAUUCUUCACUGACGCAGACACAUCGGGGUGGCAAGAUAGCUCGUGGCUUUUCCCGCGCGCCGUACGUCUACUGGAGAUCAAAGAGUACUGGAGCUCAGUCCUUAGUGGAUUGCUACUCAGCGUUAGCAGUAGGACCGACAGCACACAACGGCCUGUCUCCGCGAGUCUGGUGAACUACGUGCGGGGACUUCCCGUCAGUUCGGACGACGAGGGAGCUCUAGAUGCCCGCUCCUUGGUGGCAUCGCUCAUCGCUCAUGCCCGCACGAACUUGGCGUCCAAUAGCGUCGUUAUACCGGUCCUUCAGCUGUUCAAUGUUCUUCUGGAAGCCGACGCACUCGAUUCUCUCGCAGAAGACGAUGCCGGGGUAGAGACGUUGACGUCGCUACUGAACAUUGUUUCGCGCGGCGUGGACAAGCUCAAGAACGUGCAGAGAAUCCUGGCGUGUAUGCGGACAACGAUCAACCUUCUUGCCAUUCCUCGCUUGUACGAGAGCGCCGUGACUCGCCUACCUGAGUUCCUAGCACACGCCUUCCCGAAGGUUCGCGCCGACGCGGCGGAGUACCUUUACCUACUUCUGCAGAGUCGUGAUCUCGAUAGGGAGACCGACGAUGUUGAAGAGAUACUGCUAGAGACAGAAUGGCUCUCUGUUGAUGUACGCAUCAUGUCCGGAAAGGCACAGUGGGUUGCACCUCCCGAUUCGCACUACUACGCGCCAUUCGGCGGUUGGAAGGGAUUCAUGCGCUCUUAUGGGCUGAAGACAUGGGAUGACGACGAUAUAUACGAGGGAAAGCAGAUUCUGCAGGGCAUGAAGGACGGUGACAAGUAUGCUUGGGAGGAAGAGCAGAAGGAGAAGGCCGCUGCGGCUCGGAAGUAG